UUUUUUUUCGUCAUAGAAGUUUCCUGUUUUGUGCGUGUGAUCUGAAAAUGAGACUCAAAUCUUCGUAUGUUGGAACCAUUUCCGUGGUCGUCUCGUCUCUCGUCAUUCUUUGCAACGCCACGAUGAAUUUCCCGCAACUGAGCCCAUUGAAUUCUCUUCCCAGCAUGAGUCCAGCAGAGAAUCUCUUCACAAAGAGUCUUUUACUUAUGCGAAAACCUCAAGUUUCUUUUCGUGUGGAUCCCGUGAUGCUGGAGAAAACUAUUCUUGAGAGUUUAGUCGAACAACUGACCUAUGUGCUGUGGAAGAGCAAGUUGGCCGUGUUCAAUGCAAUUUCAGCUGCGUACCAAUUGGCUGCUGUCGUCGUGGGUCCUAUAACCUCCUCGGAUGACCUCACCCCGGAAAAGGAAAAGGCCAUGAUCUCAACAGUGUCCGGAAUGCUUCAGAAGUUGGAGCAAACGUCUCCAGGAUUGUUUCCGAAAGAACUGAACUUCGAAUUGGUUGCCAAGAAGGUCGUGAAUGAGGUGUGGACAGCCGCGAAAAAGGGAAACGGGCCGAGUUUUUCUUCGCUGGAGGAUUUCAGUCCAGAAGUUCAGAGCAUGCUCGGUUUCCAUGGAGAGAAUGCGAGUCCGCUUAAACCAGCUGCUCAAGCGAGUACCACGAGUGUUGGUCAAAGUAACACCAGUGUUGUUGGUCAACAAGUUCAUCAGACGCUGUCGGGGCAUGGUGGUCCUGCUUCUGGUGCUCCACCACCACCAUUCGCUCUCGUCUAUCGAACGGCGAAUGAGUCGACGAUUGAAAGCAAGGACGUUGAAGGGAAGGACAAUGCGACUAAAUCCGUCGUCAACAUAUUGUUCAAAAAUGCUACAAAAGCUGUGAAUGUUACGGAAACGCGCGAAGCGAUACAAGGACCAAUGUUUAUUGAAAUACGAAGUGGGCAUGUUGGUGAAGAUCUCGAGAAAGAAUCCGGGAAUGAAACUGUCGUUGCCGCUAAGAAUGAUACGGUUCGGCAGUUGAGUUCUCCUGUGCCACAGGAAUGCUCUUCUCGAAGAAAAGAUGCCACUUACGGCGCGCACAGUUACCUUUUCUCCUGGGAUGCUGGCGUAUCUCCGCAAAAUUGGCUGAACGCGAGGAAUUUCUGCCGGAGAAAGUGUAUGGAUUUGGUUUCCUUGGAAUCGCCGUCUGAGAACGAGUUCAUCAAGUCGCAUGUGUCAACAGCCUGGCGAAAAGGUCUGAUCAAAUACAUUUGGACUUCCGGAAAACUGUGUGACUUCCCGGGUUGCGACCGAGCUGACCUCCAACCGAUCCUCACAAAUGGAUGGUUUUGGUCCGGGUCUGGAGCCAAGUUGUACCCGCCAGGGUUUGACGGUAGUAACUGGGGUAUUUCGCAGCCAGAUCAACGUGAAGGUCAGGAAAGCUGCGUAGCCAUGUUGAAUCCGUCAGUUUAUAAUGAGCCGAGUGGACAAUUUGCUUGGCACGACAUCUUGUGCAGUUACCCGAAACCGUUCGUGUGCGAAGAUAGCGACAAGUUGUUGAGUUACGCGCCCUCUGAAUCCACCGCCUUGGAUCUCGCAGAUGAAGGGUUUCUGGUGAUGGCAAGAAACGUCAUGCCACACGAUACCAUCGCGGUAGAAAUUGUUGAGAACCGCCAAACAGAACUCGUUGCCUUCGCGAUUAUCAGGCUGGGGGCGCCCGGAUCCACCAGUGCGAGACCAUUGUAUAUCUAUGUAACGACCAGCGAUGAUUCACUCGCCGAGACUCCGGUCCAAGUAUUCGACGCGGACCUCAAUAAAGUGUGGUUGUGCUUUAAGAGGAGUGCUUUAAGUGGGGAUGACAUACUGCUUCCUCCGAAUUGUCCNGACUUCCCGGGUUGCGACCGAGCUGACCUCCAACCGAUCCUCACAAAUGGAUGGUUUUGGUCCGGGUCUGGAGCCAAGUUGUACCCGCCAGGGUUUGACGGUAGUAACUGGGGUAUUUCGCAGCCAGAUCAACGUGAAGGUCAGGAAAGCUGCGUAGCAAUGUUGAAUCCGUCAGUUUAUAAUGAGCCGAGUGGACAAUUUGCUUGGCACGACAUCUUGUGUAGUUACCCUAAACCGUUCGUGUGCGAAGAUAGCGACAAGUUGUUGAGUUACGCGCGUGCUUCGACGAAAAUUCCCAUUCCUUGACAAAUUUUUCAAUAUGUUGCAAGAAUCUGUGAUUUGACAUUUUGUUGUUGAAGUUACAAUAAUUUUCUACUUUUUUGUGUCUCGUCCUUUUUCAUCUCUGUUCUCGAGGAAUUUUCCACUCCUUUCCAUGCAUAUAUUUCGGC